AUGAUGGUCUGUAAUACCAAAACAUCAGCAUCAAAAGUAAUUGCUACGACUCAUCCCACUCCUGAUAAAUGCAUCCUUAAUACCUCCAACAUGAAAAUAUUAAGAGUACCGAGUAGAGAACUGGUGUUUUGGGUUGGAGCUUCAUUGUUGCUCAAGGCUUCUUGUUCGUCCUUCUUAUUCCGUCCGCUCCGCCCAGCUCAUUCAACUCCCUGCUUUCAACUUUUCAACUUGAAUAUAUCAAUCAAUCGCGAGUUAUUUCUUCCCAACAAACCUUCAGCAACUUUAUUUACAACAACAGCCAACAACAGGCUUUUUUUUAUGGCACAUGACACAUCUAUAGAUUACAAAAAACAUCUAAAUUUUUCAUCAAUCCACAAUCAACUGGGUUUUUCUGUAACAUUAAAUCAUUUAAAUCAUAAUUAUGGAGUUAGCAUUAGCAGAUAA